GUGAGACAUUGCCGUUUCUAAACACAAGUAAAUUUCUAUCUAAAAACAAUAAGAAAACUGAGAUUGGCGGAAGGGAGGCGACCUUGUGGCUCACAGCCUUUGCUUUUUGUAUACAUAAUACUUACUUAUGUAUGUUUAUGAUUAUCUUGUUUCUAUCUGCACGCAGUAGACGUCAUCAAACUCUAUUAAGUCAUAUUAAAACUCAGCUCUGGUUGACGUCAAACAAUAACAACAGCAGCAUGACAGCACAACCGACAUAUUGGAAGGUUCUCACACGUCGGAAAGUGCUACCCAACGAUGGUAUAGAAGGCGACACGAAGCUCAAUCGUGUCCUUGGCUUAUUUGAUCUGACCGCUUUAGGCGUGGGCUCGACUCUGGGUGCUGGUGUUUAUGUGCUCGCAGGGCAAAUAGCACGCGAUCAGGCGGGCCCAUCUGUGAUAUUAUCCUUCGCGAUUGCCGCGCUCGCCUCCCUACUAGCCGGAGUCUGCUAUGCUGAAUUUGGCGCACGUGUGCCCAAAGCAGGUUCGGCUUAUGUCUAUAGUUAUGUCUGUAUCGGCGAAUUUGCCGCAUUUGUAAUAGGCUGGAAUUUGAUGUUAGAAUAUAUAAUCGGCACGGCGAGUGUCUGUCGAGGCAUCAGUCUCUAUUUGGAUACGUUGAUAAACGAUACGCUUAAGCACACCUUCGCCGAGAUCGCGCCGAUGAAUGUUAGUUUUCUCGGUAGCUACUUCGACUUCUUUGCCUUCGGCUUAGUCAUCGUGUUUGGAGUUGCUUUGGCUUUUGGCGUGGAGACUUCGGCUUUGGCAAACAAUUUCUGCACGAGUUUGAAUAUUUUCAUAUUGUCGUUUGUUAUCAUAGCGGGCGCAAUUAAAGCCAACUUUUCCAACUGGUCCAUUGAUCCUCACACCGUCAACACGACCAUCACGAGCGUUAAUGACAUCGGCGCAGGCGGUUUCUUUCCAUUCGGCUUUGCCGGCACGCUCAAAGGCGCUGCCACUUGCUUCUUUGGCUUUGUAGGUUUCGAUUGCAUCGCCACAACGGGCGAAGAGGUGCGCAAUCCGCGUCGCAACAUACCGCGUUCCAUCCUGCUGUCACUUUUAAUCAUCUUUCUUUGCUAUUUUGGUGUGUCGACAGUGCUCACACUUAUGGUGCCUUACUAUGAGCAAGAUCCAAAUGCGCCAUUGCCAUUCGCCUUUAAACAGGUGGGUUGGACGUUUGCUAUGUGGGUGGUGGCUAUUGGUGGCCUGGUCGGUUUGUUGGCCAGUUUAUUUGGCGCACUCUUCCCCCUGCCGCGUGUCAUGUACUCAAUGGCAGAGGACGGCUUGCUGUUUCCCUUUUUGGGGAAGAUUAGUCCACGCUUUCGUGUGCCGGUAGGUGGCUCCAUCUUUGCCGCUUUAUUCACGUCUCUAAUGGCCGGCUUAUUCGAUCUCCAGCAAUUGGUUAGUCUUUUGUCUAUUGGCACUUUGUUAGCGUAUAGUGUGGUCGCCAUCUCCAUUGCCAUACUCAGGUACAUGGAGUCAACCGAAGGCUCAGAUUGUGAAAGCGGCACUCAACCGCUAACUGAAAACUCCAUGCUCACCUCAUCAGGCACACGUAUCACCGUCAAAGCUGUCCUCUUUCAGCUAUUCAACAUUAAACGAAUAGACACGCCCACUUCCCUCUCAACUCGGAUUGUUGGCACUUUAAUCGUUGUCUUUUGUCUUCUCUCCUUAGGUAUUGGCGUAAUACUCAACGAAGCUUACGAUGCCCUACUUCAAAACCAAUUGUGGGCUCUAAUUCUACUGCCUAUCUUAAUCUUACUUUCGCUGCUAGUUCUCGUCGCGAUUUGUAUGCAACCACGCGAGCCAAUAAUUAAAACUUUUCGCGUCCCCUUGGUGCCCCUUCUGCCUGCUGUGAGUGUAUUCAUCAAUAUCUACCUUAUGUUACAACUAGACGCAAUGACUUGGGUGCGUUUCGGCGUGUGGAUGGCGAUUGGUAUUCCCGUCUAUAUUGCAUGUUGGUGCAUGUAUGGAGUAAGCGAUCCAACGAAACGUAAUCCCGAGCGGAUAGCUUUUGAGCGCGGCUUGAAGGAGAGUGUGCGUUGCGAUAAGACGACCAAUGGUCAUUUCACCAAGGAUAUUAGAUCUAACGGUGUUCUAAAGAAAUCCAAAAGCGCAAAUGGCGUUGCGAAUGGCACCACCCUGAGCUCUCAGAAUGAGCACUCAGUCAAGAGCUUAGAUGAGAUAAUGAAUAUGAAUGAAGUCAGUGAUGAUCUGAUCGAGAUGAGGCAUCCGAAUGGCAAAGUUUUCUACAUUGAAGACAAUCGUAGUCACACGUCAAAGAAUUCUUUAGAUAAAUUAGAUACAGAGAAGGAUGGUACGCGCGAGGACGAGAAGUCCGUCAUAGCAAUGCUAGACGACGUCCUGCAGGCUGCCGAUGUGGGUACCACAAUAACAUCCAAUAUGCCCGAUUAUCGAAAAUUCAGCGUAGACUCAGAAAUGUUGCCAAGUGUGAUAGAGAUGAAUACAAUAGCGACGGUACACACCAGCAGCAACUCAUCCGAUGAUCUAGAGGCCGUACCAGAGGUGGAAAGCAUUAAGGGUUCGAGCAGCAGUAGUCUUAGUAGUGGUACGGAAAGAUUCACCGCAAGCCAACUGGCGGCGAAACAAUUAGUCGACGAUAUACUGAAUAGUGCUGAGCUUAUGGAAGCUCUACAGCAUCACAAACCACUGAAUGAAGCCAUUAAUCCACAAUUUUCGGACGUAAGUGCGGAAAUGGUAAAUAAUGAAUUGCAAAAUAAUCUGACUUUGGCCGGCAACGCUGAGGGAGACAAGGCAUUAGAAACAGAUGAGUCGCCUGGACUCGCGCGAAAAGGCUCAGAAGCUUCUCUGCUCUCCAUAGCAGAUCCCAUACAUUCAGAUAAAUUUAAAAACAAACUGAGUCAAAUACUUAUGUUGCCACCAAUGCAAGCUUCCACACUCAAAGCAGUAAAGGAACCUGUGCCAACAACACAGACAAUAUCAGACACUUCCUCGCCCCGACCACAGCUCAAGCAUUCAAAAAGUGAGACAGACGUACGUCAGCUUGUACUUAGAGCGAUCGAAAAUACAGGUUUAGCCAACUUAGACACCAAAGCAUCCCAGCCCACAGCAGAAAGCGACCUGAUACCAAAACCGCCGAAAUUCGACCCAAUACUCUAUAAAACAAUUAAUAAUCUGCGCUCAAAUAAGGAACGUCCCAGUCUACAGCGUCUAAUGGAUAGCCACGACAAUCCACCGCCCCUACUGAAGCCAAUCGUAACGCCAAAAGUCGACAAGCCCAAUGAGGAACCAGUGUUGCCCUUCAAACUGAAAUUGGAAGCAGUGUUAAAACGUGGUCCCUCACAUCGCACACAACAGCGGCCAAAACCAGUGGCCGUACGACGGCCCAAGUCGGUGGAGCCAAUAGCCAGUAAGGAAACCGCAAAGGAAGAACUAGAAAUAGAAACAGCUCUCAGGCCCGAACUAAAUGGCAUUGCGGGCAAAGGUAAUAUCGCUGGAAAACCGACAAAUGACGCGACUUUGAUUACCAAUGCGCGAAGCUUGCUGAAACAUGUGCCAAACGGUGCUGUCGAGCUGUAUGGGUAGCAGAUGGUGUGGCUUAGCAAAGAUUCUGGGGAUAUUCGCGAUAUUGUUUGUCUCUCCGUAUAACGGGAUAUACCGCGUUUUAGUAUUGUAGUUGUUAAAGAUAUUUAUUGUUGGAAUUUAUUAAGGAAAUCAUAUAUAUUAGAAAUAUUUAUUAUGUAAAGCUCAAGUAAAUGGCUCAAAGCCCAAAAACCUCACAAUUUGUUAUUAUUAUAGGUACACAGCAAAUCGGUAGUUUAUAAUAUAGUUUUGACCACAUUAGAACUGUAAAUGUAGAUAAACAACCAAACAUAAUCACUUUUAUUUCAAACUAUUAUUGCCUAUUACUAAUGGUGCUUCUAAAAGCUCAUAACAUUCACAAGCUUUUUGUUUUUGGAACCGUUAAAACCCUUGCAUGAACUAACACGUUUAAGUACUUUUGAUCGGUAGUGAGAUUUUUCAGUUAACGCAACAAAUGCAUGCAAUUUCAAUAAAAAUUUCAGGGUAGCACUUUAAUGUGUCCUUAUUUUGUGUUUACAAAUGCAUGAUAUUGUCCAAAUCAAAAACUAAUACAAAAUACAAAUUAAUAUAUAAAAUUAAUUAUCUUUUAAAAUAUCGUUAUUUAAAGUGAUCCUAUACUAACUGUAAGUUUAAGCUUUUGCAUAGCUUUCAGCUCGAGUAUGCGCGCUUAGUCCAGGUAGAAAUACUUUGUGAAAGGUUCUCCUCUUUGUUAAUUACGCUGAGAUCUUCUUGUAUCUUCUUGCAUCUUCUUGUACUUUGCUUGUACUUUUUGUUUGUCUCAAAACCUGUUAUUACUAACACAUUUUUACAUUACACACUGCAUCAUUUCAAUAAUGGCAUAUACAUACAUAUAUGUUUGUACACAUUUCUUUAACCCCCUUUCACAGGCUUGUCAAUAUACUUUUUCUAUGGACUACCGAAUAGUUUAAGACAGUUAAAGAGGCAGCGUAACGGUUGGCAAAAAAUGAAAAA